CGGGAUCGGGAUCGGGAUCGGGAUCGGGAUCGGGAUCAGGAGGGGGUCCUCGCCCCCUUGGACAGGGAGCCGGAGACGGAUUAUUCUCUGCGGGGCAACACCAGCAAUUUCCAUUCAACCUGUGGUGAGAGGUUUAUUGGAAGAAAAACCCCAACUGGAAGCAAACCAUGGCUAACGAUGUGGGAAUAGCAACAAGUGAACUGGCCCGAGGACUGAGAGCAUCAACUGGAGAGAACAACACUGAAUCAGCUGACUUGGAGUUCCCAGUGAGUCAGUGAGGAGGAAGUUUGUUAGACCUGCGGUGAGAGGUUUCUUGGAAGAAAAACCCCAACUAGAAGCAAACCACGGCUAAGACAAGGGAACAGCAACAAGUGAACCAGCCCGAGGACUGAGAGCACCGACUGGAGAGGACCCAUCUGACUCAGGGUUUCCAUUGAUUCAGUCAGGAGAAAGUCUGGAUAAAAAAUGAGAAGAAAUUUGUCUUCAGGAAUCUCAAAGACAACACGCCAGUUUUGCUGUCUCUGUCCAGAUAUUUAAGAAGUGGAGCAAGGUAUUCAAUCAACCGUCCUUCCAGCUCAGACUGUGGAGAGGGAUUCACUUGGUCAUUUGAACAUCUAGCAAGCCCGUCAUUUUACAGAGGAGAAAGGCCUUUCACCUGCUCAGACAGUGGGAAUGGAUUCACUCGGUUAUCACAAUUGAAGGCAUAUCAGCAAGUUCACAAUGGGCAAGGCCAUUCACCUGUUCUGUGUGUGAGAAAGGAUUCUGUCGGGCAACCCACCUGUGGACACACCAGUCAGAUCACACUGAGCAGAGUCCGGUCAUCUGCUGAAUUUCAGGGAAGUGAUUCUCUCGGUCAUCUGACCUAAUGGCACACCAGCGUGUUCACACCAGGGGGCGGCCAUUCACCUGCACAGUCUGCGGGAAGGGUUUCACUGCAUCAUCCAACCUACAGAGACAUCAGCGAGUUCACACUGGGGAGAAGCCAUUCACCUGCUCAGUCUGUGGGAAGAGAUUCACUCAGUCAUCCAACCUACAGAGUCAUCAGCAAGUUCACACUGGGGAGAAGCCGUUCACCUGCUCAGACUGUGGGAAGAGUUUCACUCGGUCAUCCCGACUACUGGCACACCAGUCAGUUCAUACUGGGGAGAAGCCAUUCACCUGCUCAGUCUGUGGGAAGGGAUUCACUCAGUCAUCCCACCUACUGAGACAUCAGCGAGUUCACAACAGGGAGAGGCCGUUCACCUGUUCAGUCUGUAGGAAGGGAUUCACUGAUUCAUCCGCCCUACAGAGUCAUCAGCGAGUUCACACUGGGGAGAGGCCAUUCAUCUGUUCAGUCUGUGGGAAGGGAUUCACUCAUUCAUCCCAUGUACAGAAUCAUCAGCGAGUUCACACAAGGGAGAAGCCGUUCACCUGCUCAGAAUGUGGGAAGGGAUUCACUCAGUCAUCUGACCUGCAGAGACAUCAGAAAGUUCACACUGGGGAGAAGCUGUUCACCUGCUCAGAAUGUGGGAAGGGAUUCACACUGUCAUCCUACCUACAGAGACAUCAACGAUUUCACACUGGGGAGAAGCCAUUUACCUGCUCAGUCUGUGGGAAGGGAUUCACUGAGUCAUCCACACUACAGAGACAUCAGAGAGUUCACACUGGGGAGAAGCCGUUCACCUGUUCAAUCUGUGGGAAGAGAUUCACUGAUUCAUCCCACCUACAGAGUCAUCAGCGAGUUCACACUGGAGAGAAGCCAUUCACCUGCUCAGACUGUGGGAAGAGUUUCACUCGGUCAUCCCAACUACUGGCACACCAGUCAGUUCAUACUGGCGUGAAGCCAUACACCUGCUCAGUCUGUGGGAAGGGAUUCACUCUGUCAUCGACCUUACUGGUACAUCAGCGAGUGCACACAGGGGAGAAGCCGUUCACCUGCUCAGACUGUGGGAAGGGAUUCACUCAUUCAUCCAGCCUACAGAGUCAUCAGCGAGUUCACACUGGAGAGAAGCCGUUCACCUGCUCAGUCUGUGGGAAGAGAUUCACUCGGUCAUCCCACCUACAGAGACAUCAGCGAGUUCACACUGGAGAGAAGCCGUUCACCUGCUCAGUCUGUGGGAAGAGAUUCACUCGGUCAUCCUACCUACAGAGACACCAGCGAGUUCACACUGGGGAGAAGCCGUUCUUCUGCUCAGUCUGUGGGAGGGGAUUCACUCAGUCAUCCCACAUACAGAAUCAGCGAGUUCACACUGGGAAGAAGCUGUUCACCUGCUCAGACUGUGGGUAGAGUUUCACUCGGUCAUCCUAACUACUGGCACACCUGUCAGUUCACACUGGGGAGAAGCCGUUCAUCUGCUCAGAAUGCGGGAAGCGAUUCACUCAGUCCUCCCACCUACAGAAUCAUCAGCGAGUUCACGCUGGGGAAAAGCUAUUCACCUGCUUAGACUGUGGGAUAGGAUUCACUCAGUCAUCACAACUACUGGCACACCAGUCAGUUUACAGUGGGGACUGGCCGUUGUUAUGAAUCCCUGGGUUUCCUUUGCUGUGGACUCUCAUUUUAAGAGAGAGAGAUUAAGAAGAUGAAUCAGUCUGACUUGCAGCCUGUUUACAUCGCUCGCGCUUGUUUAGUUUUAACCGAGGACACAGACACUCAGAGUCAAAUGGAGACGAAGGAGGAAAAAUGGAAGGAUUGAAACCAGGGAACUAGUGACCAAGGGUCACUGUUUAAAAGUUUCCUAUGCCCACAAGGGUGGGUUAAUUAUCGAUUCAUGUACAUCGAAUGUGUGGAAGUCACAUUGUUUGAUCCAUAGGAGUGGAUCUGAUUUGGGAUAUCCUGUGGAGACCACUUAUGUGUUAACACUUGAAUGGCUGUGGUGUGGUAGUUCACUUGAAAACAUACCCCUUGUGACAAGUCACUUUCGGUGAUAAUCAGUAUGUGGAUUUGGAAUGAUGACGGAUAAAUUCUACAAUGACUGUUCUUUCGUUUUACCACCAUGGAACCUGAGGAAUGUACAUAUUUACAUAUCUACAUAUAUCUACAUAAUAUCGAAAUUUUUGCCUUCUCUUGCCAUUUACCCUGGAUUACAAAUCUCUCUCUCUUAUCGCCGAUUCUGUAGUUGAACUGAACUUUCAUACUUUACCAUCUCAAGACUCCGAGCCUUGUUUCCUCCGAGCUCAAUAGUUUGGGAGUUUUAUUUACACACAUUUAUAAACUUAACACUGUU